CCCAUCACUACAUCACUCUGGGAGAUGCUUUCUAGAUCAUUCCAGUUCCAGCAGUUCACUGAGGAGCCUUUCCUGUGUUUACCUGCUCGUGCACCUUCCAGAGAAGAUACCUUAACAUAAAGGAAAAUGUCUUUGAGUGAUUUGUUCUACCCUGGAAAUCCUGAAAAAAGGGAGAAGAUUAUCCGCAGAAGUCAAGAGCUUAUUGAGCUGAUGAAAAGCAACUUUGAAGCCACCAACAGUCUCACUGAGAUGGUCAAUAAGCACUUGCACUCAUCCUUCAGCCCGAUCACCCUGGACGAGAAAGCCACUGUCAAGGAGAACUGUGAUGUGAUGAUUGAACGUGUGAAUCAGAUCCUAGCAAAAGUCAAGGAGGUUGACGAGGAGCUGAAGAAGCUGGAACCUACCUUGUAUGAGAGUCUACAACAUAUAUCUCUCCAAAGCUUCAACAAUAUUCCAGCUGCUGAUAAAACUGCUAUUAAAUCAGUUUGCCCGUUUCCAGCUGCAGUUUUAGUGAAGUCUUUAAUGAAACAAACGAGAAGUCUGAUAGGCAUGAUAUUCAUAUUUGCUUGCAUUUCAAAUGGGGUAAUUGGCUCCAUUUUGAUGGGGUUGGUGGUUGGGUUUGUUAUAACUGAUGUGGUUGUUUCAGGCAUUUUAGGGUAUAUUGAGCAAUGCAAACUCGACAAGGCACUGGAAGAGUACGAGGAGGCUUUGGCAGAAUUCAGGCCAGCAUCUAAAGAAUACAAGGAGGCCAUAUACGAAGUCAUGUUUUUGCUUAAAUACAUGAAGGAGUGAAUUCUCUUUCACAUUAACAUCUGACCUU